AUGGGCGUGAAGAUUGUCAAGAAGACGACGCGGCAGUUCAAGCGCCACCAGUACGACAGGCGCGCUGGGUCCGUGCACAAGUCCUGGAGGCGGCCGAAGGGUAUCGACUCGUCGACUCGUCGUAAGUUCAAGGGGCACAUCCCCAUGCCGAACAUCGGCUACGGCUCUGACAAGCGGACUCGCAACAUGCUGCCCUCGGGCCUGUACAACGCGGUGGUGAACAACAUGACGGAUCUGGAGGCCCUGAUGAUGCACAGCAAGCGGUUCUGCUGCACCAUCGGCUCGUCGGUGGGCGCCCGCAGCCGCAAGGCCCUCGUGGAGCGUGCCAAGCAGCUCAACAUCACCGUCACCAACGGCAAGGCCCGCCUGACCACGGAGGACCACGAGUAA